AUGUCCAAGAACAAGGGCAAGAAGCCCGUCGCCUACGACUCGGAUGAAGAGGAAGCUCUCAACAACUACUUGGAGGAGCUCUCACUACGUUCCGAGACUGAUAUCGAGAGCACAUACCACCACCCCAGCCAGCAGGCGUCCUCUCAGGCAUCGACGUCGACAUCAACGUCCCAUGUUCCGGUCCCAAUGUCAAGCGACGAGCUCUUGCAGCAGUACCAGAGCAAGAAACUGCAAGAGCAGCAGCUUGAAAAUCAGCGCCUAACCAAGGAGCUUCAAGAGCUACGGCAGCUUCUGCAGCAAGAGAGGGCUAAAGCCAAACAAAAGAUGAAAGCGAAAGGCAGGACAGCUGAGGACGACGGUAUUGAUAGCGACGACAGCAGCAGCUACACCGCUCCACCGGUAGGCAACCGUCAAAACCCAACAACAGGACACCCCGGACAUGACAAAAAAAUUGGAGAUAUCGCACGAGCUUUCUACCUCAACAACGAAAUGUUCAUCGACGCUGAUUGGUUCAUGCAACCCCGACCUAAUACCAACAGUCUUGAAGGGCGGUACCCCCGUGAAAAAGAGAAACAGCCUCAGGCCCUACGCAUUGCUAUUAUUGCAGAGCUAUACGAGAAAACCGAUGAGCUAUACCACCCCCAGCUGCAGACGUCACCUGCAUUUCAGGCAGUGUUUCAACAUGCUGUGUCCAGUCUCCGACGAACCUUGAUUUCGGACCUCAGAAAAAAGGCAGCAGCAGCAGUGAUAUUCGAUGCUCCUGAUGACAUAGCCUCACUCUAUGCACCUGACAAGUACAAGCAGCGGGGAGAAACAUCUUUCUUCCUCAGCAAGCUUGUCUGGGACGAGGCGUUGGACGAUAGGAGGAUGGUGCGAUUCUCAUUGCUGUUGUUCCCACCAAUCCUAUUCAAAGAUGGGGUUCGGAACUUCAGAGAGGGUGUUUUCCGUAACCCAGAGCUCCCGAUGUGUGCGCGCGUUGACCUCUUUUCAGAAAAUUCAUUGAUACCGGAAUGGCUUAUUGAUGGAGAAAUCAAGCCCGACCCAAAAUCCCGAGGGAUAAAGUACUUCAAGAAAGCAGGCCCAGGUCUCGUCUCUCGCACAUGCAUUCAGGUGAUCUUCAUUCACAACAACGACAAGUAUCUCGAACCUAAGUUUCUCAUCGAGGGGAUGAACUUAGGAAAGAAAGAUGGCAAAGACUUGUCGGAGCCUUACAAGGAUAUCUUCCGGUUCUGGAACUCCUACAUUCUUCCAAGAUCCAUGCAAGAGACUGACGAGGAGGAAAUUGGGGAGGUCCGCCAAGACGAUGACGAAUAUGAGGAAGCAGCAGCAGCAAUGCUUUGCGACAACGAAAAGCAGCAAUGUUGCUGGGUCAAUUUGAUGAAGACGAGGAUGAUUUUGCAGUCGGGACGCUGGCCUGUAGAUAUCUCAUCAAUCGAGAUCUCCCAUGACCUCGUCAAACUACGCUCCCAGCUCCAACAUUUCCCUUCGAUCUCUCAUUCGGCGGAUCUCAUCGAUGGCCUACAAGAGCUCUCCAAAGUCGUUGCACCAUCGUCUGUUCCACGAGAGGCUAGCCCUCAGUUCCUCAAGUUCCUCGAGCGUAUCGAAAAUGCCAACCCCAAUGACCCUGCAAUUCCGAAGGACGAUGGCAACGAAAAUUGGGGGCACCACCAGUUUACUGCAGGAUCCCUGACUUUGAGGAGCACGAUCACCUCCUGGGAUGCAGUUGGCACCCGUAUCAUCUGCGGAGACCGGAACAUCCCAGUCAAAGAUGAUGAAUAUCUGAGUGACGCCUAUCUCGACCAGACCGUUCAGGUCCUUUGGACCGUCGUAGAGCCAAAGGUCAGCCUUUUGCGAAGCUCAGGAAGAAACUCAGACUUGGAGAUUGUUGUGGAAGACCUGACCGCAGCAGGGCCGGUUCCUACAUCUGGUGACGUCAAGAAAGCAUUAAAUCUAUGGACAGUUCGGCACCUCAAAGCGUGGAUUAAAGAACGUGAAAUUCCCUCAAAGGUGACAAAGGCAACCAAGAAAGCUGAGCUUGUGAAUAUAAUUUUGGAAUCCCAGCACAUUCCCUCGUCAAAUGAGCUUACAGAAUGGCGCCAACGCUCGUUUUAA